AAAAACUACUGCGCUUUAUUCCACACACAAGAAAACCCUAGCACAGCACUCACUGAGUGGGUGGGGGAGGAAGGGAGGCACACACCUACAUAUUUACAUGGCACACACACACACACACACACACACAUACACACACACACACACGGACAAAGAGAGAGUAACAGUUGCGGCAGGGGGCGCAGCAGAGGUUGUUUUCUGUCUUUCGUGUCCGUUUCCAGCUUUCUGUCAUUCUGUGUCUUUGUGCGUAAAAGCAGAAAUGCCGGAGUCAACGGGAUGAUCAGGGUCCCGAGUUUCUACUGCGCCAGGAUUUAACUCUCAGUCCGGAAUACGGAUUUACUGACUUACAUGGCUUAGCACCAAGUCUCUUGGAGGGAAACCCUGCAUUUCCACUUGGGUGACUGUUUCGACCAUGAGGAUACCUGCGCGUGGAAAUGGAUCUGUGAACGCGACAGAGUAGGAUAAACUAGUUUGAAAUUAGAGUGAAGUAACUAAUACUUCACCAUACCCGCAUCAGUAACAUACAGUGUCUGCACCUCAAAAUCCAGGAGCUAUGUGGGGAGCCUGUGUCUGGAUUGUCAGAGUUUCUGUGCUGCUGCUGCUGCUGCUGCUUUGGUCAGACCCCCUGGACUGCCAACACACAACAGACCACAGGAAGGUUCCUCAGAGGGCAGAGCCCCAACAGGAGUUCAGGGCUGAGCAUGGAGAAAUUCAGGGCUCCUGGGGCGCCUGGGGGUCCUGGUCAACCUGCUCCCGGACCUGUGGGAGAGGGGUACAAGAGCAGAGCAGACCCUGCCUGCCUGUUUACACUCCAUCCCUUUAUCCCUCGAGAAGAGCUGGAGUUCAUCCCCAGCAACCUGCCCAUGUCAUCUCAGCCCUGCAGCCAUCAGUUCCUCUGCAUCGCGACACAGGCAGGCCUUCCAACAGCAGCAGUCGCGGUGAGCUGACGAGAGAGACCCGACCAGGUGGACAAAGUAGGGUCAGUCAAAUCAUCCCAGGGAGGUAUGGCUAUGGGAGAGCUCCUUAUGUCGCUCCAUUGCAGAAGGACCCAGGCUAUGGGUCUGGGACGGCUCGCCCCCACAGACAGAGACGCUCCGCUGCGGCUGAUGCCCACCAUCCUGCCGCUAGAGGCCACGGUGGCCACAGGUCGAACAACCUGGGCCCCCCUCACAACCUCCGUCACUACAGCAGACCCUACGUGCAGCACAGGCCACAGCAUCCCACAAAUAACCAAGUCUGGGCCCCCCUCUACCAGCCUGGUUCAGCCAACCAAGCUGAGGAGCAGGAGCUACAACCAGGCAGCCAGACCUCUGGGCCCCAGCAACACCAAGAGAGACCCUAUAACCCUUUACCUACUUCUUCCUGUACAGGAGAGUCUGCUCGCUACAGGAUCUGCAACAGUAAUGCCUGUCCUCCAUCCAGCAGACACAUCAGGGCUGUUCAGUGUUCUUCUUACAACAACCAACCUUUCAUGGGCAGACUGUAUGAGUGGGAACCUUUCAAUGAGGUUCCUGGGGAUCAGCAUUGUGAACUCAACUGCCGGGCCAUAGGGUUCAGGUUCUACGUGCGGCAGUCAGACAGGGUGAUUGAUGGGACGCCAUGUGGACAGAAUGACUCCUCUCUCUGUGUGGCGGGAAAGUGUACGAGUCUAGGCUGCGAUGAGUAUCUCGGAUCAGGAAAAGUGAUGGACAAGUGCGGCGUGUGUGGAGGUGACAACACAACCUGCAGGCUGGUCUCUGGAGUCUUCAAACACAGUUUGACCAAGAUUGGCUAUCACAAGAUAGUAGAGAUCCCAGAGGGAGCCACCAAGAUCAACAUCACAGAGAUGGUGAAGAGCCGCAACUACCUAGCUCUCCGAAGCCGAUCGGGGCGAUCCAUCAUUAAUGGAAACUGGGCUAUUGACCGACCAGGGAAGUACGAAGGAGGGGGGACCAUGUUCACCUACCGCCGACCUAAUGAAAUCACUAGUAGAGCAGGGGAGUCUUUUCUCGCUGAAGGGCCCACCAAUGAGAUCCUGGACGUUUAUAUGAUCUUCCAGCAGCCGAACCCUGGUGUGCAUUAUGAAUACAUUCUCCCCUCUGAAAAACCAGUUGACCCUCAGCAACCAAACUACAGACCAGAAGGGAGCACUGUGAAUGGGCAGGGCGGGUACGACCAUCACAGCAACACUCACCAGGAAAACUUCAAGCCAGCAGGCGAAGGGAGGUACCCUCCUCAUCUUCCCGACAACCAGGUACCCGCCGUUCAGCCGCCCAGACGUGAGAAAGAGUACAACUGGAAACUGACGGGUGCUACGGAGUGCAGCGCCUCCUGUGGUAAAGGAUUCAGAUAUUCUGUCUUUCAAUGUGUCCACCGGCUGAACCACGUCCAGGUAUCGGAUGCUUUGUGUGACAGCAGCAGCAGGCCGAGUCCACAGGAAGAGGCCUGCAGCCUGCAGCCCUGCCCAGCAUUCUGGGAUAUUGGAGAGUGGUCAGAAUGCAGCAAGACCUGCGGCCUGGGCAUGCAGCACCGGCAGGUCCUGUGUCGCCAGGUUUACGCCAACCGCACCCUCAAUGUCCACACGAGCCGCUGCCGACACCUGGAGCGCCCGGAAACCGCCAGCACCUGCCAGCUGAAGAUCUGCAGUGAGUGGCAGAUCCGCUCCGAGUGGACCGCUUGCUCUGUGCCAUGUGGGCUGGGUCAGAGGUCACGAGAGGUGCACUGCGUCAGCAACGUGGGCGACUUUGUUCCGGAUGAGGAGUGCAACAUGAAUCUGCGGCCUGUCGAUGUAGAGAACUGUGACAUGGGAGCAUGUGCCAAGAGCUGGUUUUACACUGAGUGGGGCAAUAGGUGCUCUGCUGAAUGUGGGAUGGGUGUACGGACCAGGGGAGUCCUCUGCCUGACCAACCACAUCAGCAGCCUUCCUCUGGAGGGGUGUGGCAGCGAGCGGCCGUCGGAUUCUCAGGUCUGCAAUAACGGACCCUGUGAGAAUCGCAUUGAGUGGUUCACAGGCCCCUGGAGCCAGUGCUCUGCAGAGUGUGGCGCGGGCAGCCAGCAGAGGUCAGUGGUGUGUCUGAUGAAGUCAGAUGACGGUUUCACCGUCAUGCCGCCAUAUGAGUGCUCCUCCUUGGAGCGGCCCCUCAGCCAGCAGAGCUGCAACCUGAAGGCCUGCGGAGAAAAGUGGUACCACACUGACUGGAGUGCUUGUUCAAAAACAUGUGAGGGAGGUUUCCGUGUGCGGGAGGUGCGCUGCCUCUCUGACGGCAUGCUGUCCAGUGAGAGCUGUGACGGGCAGAUGAAACCAGCAGAGAGGGAGGACUGCAACCCAGAGCCCUGCAUACCCCUCAUAGAUGAGAACUGCCGGGACAAGUAUUUCAACUGCAACGUGGUGGUCCAGGCUCGCCUCUGCGUGUAUGAUUACUACAAGACGACGUGCUGCGCUUCCUGCUCACGAGUGUCCCACAGACAGUCGAUCCACCGAGGCCACAGCUAGCACUUUGUACCAGGGUCUCUCAGCUCAGUGUCGGGCCAGACUCAGUACCCGCUGCAGGCACUCUGGUCCUGUGCCAGCCAGGGGAGUGGACUGGCUGGACCUUGCCUAAAAUGGACGUUUGUUUUUUUCUUUUGCCAAGGAUGGAAACUGAAGAAGGAACUUUUCUGGCGGCUUAUUCAGAGACAGCUGUUGGGAGAAAGGCAUACCUAAGAAUAGUGGAGGACAGGAAUCCAGUGACUGGAUAAACAGAGCCCUGAUAGGGUGAGAGAUCAGCAGCAAACUGAGGAACCCACAAAACACUUUAUGGAUUAUAACCACAACUUUUAAUAAUUGUUUUUUAUUUCAUGGGAAACAGUUUGCAGCUGUCUUUUACCGAAAAUGGCUCUUGAAGUGGAUUACAGAUGAAGAGGAGAGCACCUGUAAACUGUUUAGCGUGGACUAUGUAUAGACUGUAUUAUGCUCUAAUAUGGCUCUCUACUCAAUGCUCAGAUUUUUGGCACAAUGUCAUAUGAAGUAGGUCCUGUCUCACCUAUAAUCAGCUAUUUAACGCCCACUUUGUUGACCAAAGAUAUAUAACCUCAUUAAACUGAAGACAGUGACAGAUUAACACCUUUUUCCUAAGAAACAAAUAGUGUGUCAUCAAAACCCUCCAUGGUGCUGUUGGUGGUGUAUCCUUUACAUGGAAUGGAUUCACAAGGAAAAUAGCAGAAUUUGAAUUCCUCGUGGCCCAGAUUAGGUCCUUUUUUUCCUUCCUGCACGGCCAUGAGGUGUAAAUGCAGCCUUUGUAAUAUGUUUGUAUAUAUGUAUGUAUGACAAAGUGAAUGAUAAGGUUUUUUUUUUUAAGGGUUCUCAGACAGUCCUCCCAGUAACUGAAGAAAAAAAGCCCUCUUUAUUUAUUUGCGUGGCUCCCCAGGGAGGACACUGGUUUAUCGACCACCGGUGGCCCCUUUUUGGCUGCAGGGAUGAAACCUUUGUUGCCUCUCUCCACCAAUCACAGCCUCUGAACUGAAUGUAGGCAUUCCACAGCCUGUUGGAUGGUAGAAACAGAUGGUCAGAAUCUAUAAUCUAUUUAUGGAGAGAUCCUCUCCAUGAAUACAUUAUAGAUACCCUUAUAUAUAUAUUAUGUGGGAUAUGAUCAUUCCGCAAUUGUACAAUUCCUGAUGAAUUACCAAUCAUAACUACAUAGAAUUAUCCAUAACAUAUGAUUAAUAUUUGAUUGCAAAGAUAAAUGAUGGCAGUAUUUUACAACUAUUGACCUGGUAUGGUAAAUAUGAGGUUUACAUUAAUAGUAAGUCCUUGAUUAUGAGCAAUUCUAUUCUUCCAUAACACUUCUUCUUUUUGAGUUCCAUGCAAAACCUGCACACAGUACCUCUCAUACAUUCAACUUUUAUUGUAUUAUAGCCGUUAUCAGUUCCCUCCAAGCAAUAUAAACUUACCUCUGAUCCAUAAGUACUGUAUAUGUAUCAAUGUCUAAGUUCUGAAUGAAUCUAGUAUGCAAUUAAUUCCGUCUCUAAGGGACACUACCAUUCUGAAUGUACCAACUCGAUGGCACGACUCUUGAUUUUCCUAAAAAAAAAAUCAAGAAGAGUGGAACAAAAAUACCAGAAUCUUUCAGUACUCACAAUAUGACUGCAACAAAUAAAGCAUCUGUAUUUGCCUUAUUUUAGAUUUCAAAUGUUCAGCAGUUGAUUCUCAUGUAGUGUUCUUGAGAUUUUCUGAAAUAAAGAAAUUUACUAAUUA